AUGGCACGGCUCCCGUCGAACUUGCUGCGAAUUGGCGGCUGCUUCGCGUAUGCCGUGGCUGCGCUGAUCAUUCUUUACCUAGACAAAGCGGACUCCGUUGGAGUUGGGCUAGGCGUUUCGAUGAUGGCAAUGAUCGUUCUGUUCCUAGUGGUGGCGGUGACCGUCGGGUGUUCCUGGCCUGCACUCUUCCUCGGUGCUCUGCCAUCCCUGCCUCGGCCCUCACCACUGCAGAGUGCGGCAGCACCAUGCGAAACUGCUUUAAGUCUGGUCGGCACCACGGCAAUCGGGUUCAACCUUUUCCUCAGUGGCUCCAUGGCCCGACACAAGACGCUGGCAGAGUGCCGCCGAGGUAUUGCAUUCUCAACUCUUUCAGCUCUCAUUGUGUCCGUGUUGAUUAUGAUUGUGGCAGCGGGCGUCUUUGAAGAACAAGGCGGUACGGCUGGCGCCCGUUUCAACAUCAUCGACUUAGCUGCUUCCAUCAAUGGGUAUUUCGGCGCGGCAGGCACGACAGUGUUUGCGUUGGGCUUCGUGUCGGCGGCGCUGAGCUCGAUGCUAACGGUCAUAAUCGGAGCUGCUUUGGCGGCUGAGGGUCUUCUUCUCCGGCCUCUGAAGGACGUUGAGGACAUAUUGGAAGAGCCCAGGCUGUCGCCAAGAAGCUUUUGGUCGAUUGCCUUCAGCAUGGUUGCCAUUGCCGUGCUUGCGAUUUGUAUCAACCUUCCGCGGCCCUCCGUGAUCUUAGUGGCGCAGCUAUUCAACGGAAUUCUGCUGCCUUUCUUCUGCGUAUCUUUGUUGCUUUGCCUUACGGACGAGAAGUUCAUGGGCGCUGCCCCGCAGAGCAUAUUUGCCAACGUGUGCCUGUACGUGUCAGUAACAGUGACAUUUGUCCUGGCCUGGCGCGUGGUAGUCCAGAAGUCAGCUGUGCUGCUCUCCUUGGUCACAGGCGCCCAGCUGGAGAACAGUGCUGGGCCAGUGCUCCUCGUUGCUACGGGCCUUGCGCUGGUCCGGCUUCUGGACGAGGUCCAGAGGGCCACAGCGCCAGCUUCCGCGCUUACAAAAGAGCUGAAGCAAGAGGCAGAGCAUGGUGCUUCGACAAAGUCGCUCAUGUCCUUCGUGGUCCAUGUCGCCUUGCUUAGUGGCCGGCAGAUGUCCCUGACCGUCUUGACUGACACUGUGGUGCAGGACUUGAAGCAAAGGGUGCAGCAGGAGCUCCAUGUCAGCAUUGCCAGUCUUGUUGGCCCUGCAGGAGACCUUCUGCAAAAUCAGCUCACGCUCUCAGAAGCAGGGGUUGCAGACGGUGAGACGCUGCAUGCCAUUUGCUGCCCAGCCAUGAUCGCUUCGAGCCGGCGUUCCUCCGCGUUUGCCUUGAUCCGGCGUGAUGGCUCCGUAGUGACCUGGGGCGGGAGCAGCACCCUGCGUUGCAGCACUUUGCAACAAUCCAAGGAGGUCAUCCAGAUCCGGGCUAACAUGGCCGCAUUCGCAGCGCUUCAAUCUGACGGCUCUGUGGCAUGCUGGGGCAGCAAGACCUCGGGAGGUGAUAGUGCCACCGUCCAGCACCAGCUGCGAAACGUCCGCGAGGUCCGCGCUACCGGACUAGCCUUUGCUGCUUUGCUUGCUGACGGCCGGGUGGUUACCUGGGGUGAUCCUGCACAUGGAGGGGACAGUUGCAAGGUCCAAGACCAGCUGGUGGGUGUCCGUGCCAUAUGCGGCUCAUCCUCUGCUUUCGCGGCGCUCCGCUGCGAUGGACACGUAGUAACAUGGGGCAAUCCAAGGCAAGGGGGUGACAGCCAGAAGGUGCAGGAAGAGCUGAGGGACGUCGUGCGGAUCAAGAGCACCUUCGGGGCCUUCGCAGCCCUUCGCAGGGAUGGCUCUGUGGUAGCCUGGGGUAGCUUCCGUCAUGGUGGAUCUGUGCCAUGCAGCCCGUCCCGCCUUGCCCUUCGAGACGUCAGGCAUUUGCGUGGCUCCGACUUUGCGUUUGCAGCGCUCCGCAAGGAUGGUCGCGUUGUUGCUUGGGGCUGCUCUAAGCAUGGAGGUGAUGCGCAUCCCGUACAGGACCAGUUAACCAGCGUGCGGCAACUUCGCUCCUCUUUGGGUGCCUUUGCGGCGCUACGUGCCGAUGGUAGAGUUGUAACCUGGGGCAACGCGCACCACGGUGGAGACAGCUGCGCAGUGAGGGAGCAGCUCCAGGAAGUGCGCCUCAUUCGACCGUCUGGCUUCGCAUUUGCAGCCCUGCGUGCAGAUGGGCGCGUGGUCACAUGGGGCAACCGAUCCCACGGAGGUGACAGUCGAGCAGUUCAGCCGCAGCUGACAGGUGUAGUGGCGAUUCGUGGUUCGAGCUCUGCAUCUGGGUCAUGA